AUGCUGACUGCACUACACGUGACCCUUGCUGAGCGCGCGCUGGGUCGGUGCUCGGCCAGCGAGGCCGCGAUGCGAGAGGAGGUGGACCGUUACGGCCCGACCGACGUCCUUUCGCGAAUCACAGGCACCAUGUCACAUAGCGUGCUGUGCGGAAGCAUGCAGAAGGCCUUCCUACUGGAGCGCUUGCCACGUGCAUGGAAUGAGGAGCAUGUGCGAGAUGCAUUGAGCGGCUGUGGCCAAGACCUGGGUGAUGACUGGCGAAGCAAAAUCCUGUUGAUGCGCUCGCGCUUGGGUACGUCGAUGGGGCGUGCUCUCAUCGCCUCCUCAAUUCACGUGCCCGAUGUUGUCAAGGAGCUUCCUUGGGGGACGGUGUAUCGUCCUAUGGAUAGGUCAGACAUCGAGGCUUUCGUGGAGCAGUGUGAGCGCUUCGUGCAUCUCAGUGAGGACUUGAGGCGCAUCGCUGCGCCGGAAAGCUUCCUGCGGGUGCUGACGAUCACCGAGGUGCCAGCGAAUUACGGGCGCAAGGACAUUGCGCACAUUCUCAAAGAGCGGUGCAACGUGACUGUGGCACUGACUGACAUCGUCUUCCGCUUCAAGCGGUGGGGGCGCCAGGCCGACACCUGCUACGUUGUCUGCCCGACGUCAGAAGCAGUCGACCGCUGUGUCCAAGAGAUUCAGGAGCUGGCCGUGCCCAAGCGGGUAGCUCAUGGCUCCCUGUUCGGAGCGGCAUUCCUUUGGUCCAGUCGCGCGACGCUCUUCCUGAGCGACCCUGCCUUGGACUUCCUGCUCGACUCCAAGACGUGGGUCUGCACAACUGGCUGGCAGGAGGACAUGACGGAAGAUGAGUUCCUCCAGGUCAUGCAUCAGCUUCGGUUCUAUCCGGUCCGUGCUGUUCGUCAUCCUGUCGUUGCUGACAAGUCCUGCGCCUUCUUCGUGAAGUUUGAGAUGAUGGAAGGUUUCAGUGGGGCGAAGCGCGCCAUGAUGAGACUCCGCCGCUUGAAGUGGCGUUGGAGGAUCAAGCAGACGGUCCCUUUCUUCGCAUAUCCGCGUCGCAUCGACAUACACCGGGCAGGAGAAGCCCGGCAUGACGAUGAGAUGAGCGACGCCGACUCCGACAUCGACGAACCUGUGCAUUAUUAG